AUGGCAUGCGACACGGUUUCUCGUGCUUGUGUCAACACUGCUUCCCACAAUCCUCAUUUUUCCCCUGCCCCUUUCAGUGCAGACACGGUCUCUUCUCGAGCUCAUGACAUUACCGACCCAUCUUCUACCCUUGCGUUAAGGUUACUCGCUCCUGACAGUACUCUUUUGGAGGAUCACAGGAAGCAUCAAAACCAGAAUCAUAGCCAAAGACCUGCAAUUGGCCCGCCAGUUGGUUCAGCAGUCAUGUCACACCACUACCAACACCAUGAUGAGGACCAGGAGUACACAUACGGCAGAAACAACCAAUACAGUUUUUCGCAGCCAUCCUUCAAUCAGCCGUAUUCGAACCAUCAGGUUCUGGCACCCUACAAUCAUCAUCCUGCAGAGACCACUUCCAUUGCCCCAUCAUACUCAUCGCACCAAGCAAUAUACUCACAAGCUCCACAACACUCUUCUCUCCUUACCCAUACGUCCUCUGCGGGAUACCAAUGUCAUCCUCAAUAUCUGUCACAGCCCAGAUUUCCAGCGCCGCAUCGUCUGUUUCCCAUGCAUGAACCUUUUUGGGAGGUGGAGAUUGAAGCCCAAGAAUCUUGCAAUGAACAAACGGUUUUGUCAGAACCCGUUAUCCCAGCCUUGGAAGGGUUCCCAGAUGUUCGAGAAUUUGAUCAACUCAUGAAGAGCUACGUUGACGAUCUCUCCGUCAAAAAGCAAGAUAAAGCUUUGAUUCACUCUAGGAGAGCACGAAACAUCAAAAUUGUGCUUACUGAUCCCAAGGACACUGCAAUUGAGUCUGCCCAGUUUAGGUUUUGGGUGAAGAAAAUGUUCAGACUUGAACCCAAUGAUAGCAGAACGCCUGUGUCGAGGAAAAUGAUAUGUCAUGAAGGGAAGCCAGUAGCAAUUCGUGAAAAGCUUUUCAAAAUCCUGACUCGAGCACACCAGCAAUGCCAACACGGAGGUCGUGAUAAGACCUCGGCCCAAGUCCGGCGGAUAUAUUCAUGGGUCCCGAAAGAAUUGAUAUCUCGCUUUGUUAAAAUAUGCCCAACCUGUCAGGUCCGACGAGGAGGAUCUCGAUUAACACCCCCAACUUCAUGCAGAAGUUCUCCUAAGCCUGAUCAUGCCCUAGGCCCUUCACCAUAUCUCCUGUCACCGCCAGAUUCCCGCCGAGAGUCUAUUAUCAGCAGGCCAGGGGUUCCAUAUCCCGCACGAGCAGAGGCUCCACACACCAAUCACUCCAACAUUCCAUCUGCACUAACCUGGCCACCAACCCCACACCACACGAGCUUGUCAAGUCAAUAUCAUAACUCACAUAUGCAACCUCUUCCUUCAACAGCCAGCAGCUGGGCUUCACUUCCCCGAACGCUGACAUCGGGCAGUGAAACCAAUGGUGCUGGAGGGGGUACCCAUGGAUUGUCGACAACAUUGUCCAUGCCUUCGAGCCAUCUGGAUUAUCAGUCUACCUACGAUGAAGCUCAACACCUCCCAGAACCCCAUCAUUAUUAG